CUCCUGGUGGUCAUCGCCACGUCCCUGACGGCCACGGCCGGCACACCGCUGUCGAUGUCCAUGUCAUCCCCCCCAACUCAGCCGGCGCUUCUUGCUCUGGAGGGUCGUGCCACCAGGCGCCGCACUCAGCCGGCGCUUCUUGCUCCCGAUGGACAUGCCACCAGACGCCGUACUCGCCGACGCGGCUGCGGCUGCCGACGAUGCUGCACCAGACGCCCCCGCGUCGAAGAGGGCGCUGUGGAGCUUGUGGGUGCGACCGCGCGUCUUGUCUAGGGGGAGUCCGUUGGUGAGGCCCAGGCCGCUGCUGGCCGGGAAGGCCGCUGAUGCCGAGCUGGGUACCUCUGCUCCUGGGGGCGGGGGGAAGAAAGCGAGGGGGGACACGAGGUUGCGAUCGAUGGCCAGCUUGAUCGUCACGACGUCAUGCAGCUGGACGAACGCCGGGGCAGGGCGUUCGACACCAAUCUGGUGGAUGGAUGGAUCACACACACAGAGGGAGGGGGCGGGGAGGGAGGGGGAAGACGUGUCUCAUGGUGUGGUGGUGUUGCGCUCUGUAGGUUGGUGUUACCUGCUUGACUUUGGGAUCGUCCAGGGCCUGCUUAUAGAUCAUCUCCAACAAGUCUGUACCAACUCCUGCACACGCAAGACAACACAACACAACACAACACAAGACAACACAAGACAGGACAGUGAGUGCCGCUCUCCCAUCCCCGUCUCCGUGCAGUGCAUCGCACUGACCUUUUCUCUGGUAGUGCGGGAAGAUGAGGAACUGCGACACCCUGAGAAGGCUCCGGAACGUGUAGGCUUUGGUGUAGGUCGUGGCAAACCCACACACACUCAGACACCCCGGCCCCCCGCUUGAUCUCAGAUUGUGGCUGUGCGGCCGCUCGUAGGCGAAGUACACGUGCCACUUCUCGUCCUGCUCGAUCUCCUCUAUGCCCUCGAUGAACCAGUGGAGGAACCACUCCAUCUGCCGGUGCAGCGACUUGAAUUCGUCAUCGUCAUCGUCAAAGCCGCAUCGUCUCACCUGGAUCUCCUCGCCCCUCGCACCCGCCUUGAGCUUCCACCCCCCCAGAGGCUUCCCGGGCGGCUGGAACCGCCAGUCAGGGGUCACUCGGCGCUCCAGCUUGGCGACGAAGUCGUGCUCCGAAGGGCAGAAGCCGCCCGGGAAGGCCACGUUGGUGCAAGUUGCGUUGGUGAGGCAGGCCAUGACGCGCUCGCGGCAGGCAUGGAAGGAUGCACCCUCGCCCUCAAUCUUCACGAACACGUCGAAUGUGUCCGGGAUAUAGAAGAUGUGGACGGACCCGUUGAGCUCCUCGAAAUCCAUAAUGGCUUGGUCCGUGUCGAAGAUAUGGUGGGCGAACGAGGGAUGAAAGGGCUCCGGCGGCUUGUGAUAGUCCUUCGGCGUCUUGCAGGGAUGGAAGCAGACGCUCUUGAGGGCGUUGGCGCCCAGCGAACGGGUGCGGCCGACGCGACCCAUUGUUGACGAUCUCAAUGAUGCUGGUGUUGGGAGGGCCGUCUUUGGUGCGGCGGCCAGCUGUUGGAUGUGCCUCUGCACGAAGGGGGAGGGAUCCGGGUGGGUGGGGACCUCACACGGCAGGCCAAGGUCGAAGCGGCCGAUGUCGGUCUUGAUGUCGACGGGGAUGUCGGGGCUCACACAGACGGCACGAGUGAAGGCCUCGAUGGCCGCGAGUGCUCAAACGCGGCCAUACGUCGCAUGGCCUCAAAAGGAAGAGAGCUCGCAGCCA